AUGAAGAAAUGAUUUAUGAUAAAAAUGCCAAACCAUCUCUUUCAAGUUUGUUGAGGAGUUUAGUACCUGGUGAUGGAACAAAUUUAAAGCGUAUUUCAGUAUCUAGGGAAAAUAUUCUGGAAGAUAGUAUAAUUCACUUCAAGAAACAUGAUUACAAUUGUUCUUAUCAAGUCCAAGUACGUUUUGAGGGCGAGCCUGCAAUUGACGCUGGAGGACCCAGAAGGGAGUAUUUUACCAUGUUACUGAAAAGUCUUGUAUCAUGUAAAAGUUCUAUCAGGCUUUUUGAAGGAAAAGAAGGCAGGUUACUUCCGAUGAAAAACACUGAUGCCUUACGCGGGCAGCUCUUCAAGAUUGCAGGAAGAAUGAUUAGUACCUCUAUUGUCAAUGGUGGACCCGGUUUUCCAUGUCUAUCGCCCCCUGUUUAUGAAUACCUUGUGAAAGGAUUCACAGAGGAAUUAGUAUCAAUCAUUAACAAAGAUGACAUAUUUGACAUUGAUGCAUCUCAAGCAAUUGAUAAGGUAAUAUAAAUUCUUAUUUUCUGUACUGAAAUUUCAUAGAUUUAAAGUGAUAAUAAAAAAAAAUCAUUAAAAAAAUUUAAAGAUUGCUUACAUGAGUUUUGUUUGGAUAGUGUUUAGUAGAAUAAUACCUACGAUACAGUUAAACUAUUUUAAAGUUUUUCUAUGUAACUCUUUAUUGUAUUCCUUUUAUUUCUCCGAAUGUGUAUUUAUAAAUAUAAAGUCUGCCAUGCAUAUAACAACCAGUUCACAUGCAAACUGUUCCCAUCUUCGCAAAGUCACGUGUCCACCGCCGGACACUAUACUCUCAGCAUGCCUGCAUGGUGUGUAUCCACACUCAAGAGUAACAUCAGAAACAUCAUAUUCACCUGAGUGCAUAUCCUUUCCUCUCUUUUUAAAAACAGAUUGACCAUGCAAAUGCUGAAACAAUAAAUUCAAUUGCCAUUGAAACUCAGCACCUCUUGGUAGAAGCUGGGUUCCCUCAUACCCUAACUAUUGAGAAUAAAAUGCAGGCUAUAGCCUGCAUGUAUCUUCAUCAUGUAAUAACAGUCCGAAAAAGUGAAAUUGACCAGCUGGCAACUGGACUGGGGCAACUACUUACACUGGCAAGGAAAUAUCCAGAUCUGCUUAGUCCUCUAUUUGUUCACAGUGAUGAUGGUGCGGACACAAUGACACCUGAUGCAUUCAUGGCCAUUGUAAAAAUAGAUGGUGUUAGUCCUAGGGUUGUAGAUUACUUCACACAGUAUGUGCAUGAUGAAGGUAAGUAUGCAUCAGUCUUCCAUUAAAAUUUUAAUUAUGCCCUCAUUGCUAAAUUCGGAGAAAAAAGCAUAGUGGAUUUGCAGUCAGUAUGGUUCAAAUAUAAAAGGUGAGGGAUUUGACUUUUCCAGGGUGUAAUGCAACUCAAUGGGUUAAGGGCGAAUUACAUGAGCUCCCAUAUAAACACUCCAUCUAGGCCAGGCAGUGUGAAAUUUGCCUUUUGAUCAAGCACAAAUGUGUUUAUCUGUACAAAAAUAUGAUGUUUAGACAGUUUUAGACGUUUUGCUAAUUUUUUUUUAAACAGCUGAAAGAAUACCCUAUCUCUUGUCGUUUACAACUGCGUGUGAAAAAGUUCCUCCACUUGGAUUUACUGAUCCAGAACAUAUUGCUGUAUCAGAAGAUAGUACGGCAGUUUUCCCAGUGGCAAAUACAUGUGUUAUGGAAUUGCAACUACCGGCCAAGCAUCAGAAUUAUGAAAAAUUCAGAUUUUUUAUGAACCAGGCUUUAAUUAUGGAAAGCACUGGAUUUGGAUUCGCAUGAAGUAAAUUUGUUCUGAAUGGUUUACUGUAGGUACACUACAAGACCAACAAGACUGAUAUAAUAUUUUAAAAGUUGUUGUUAAAAUGUUAAAAUUUAUUACAUUCAUUUUUUUUCCGUUUUUGGGAGCAAUUGCAGAAUCCCUAUCAAAAUAAUCCCAAAUUAGUAACUUCCUUUGACGACAUUUACGGUUAUUGUUCAGAUAUUUUCACUUAUACAAAAUGUGUCCAUUUAGGUCACAGAAAAAUAUUUUCAGGUCAUAUAAGUGUGAAAACACCAUAAUAGUUUAAGAAGGUAUAAACUCGUACGCACACAGUACAAGUUAUAUUUCAGUUGUUUUCCCACAGGUAUUUUGUAUAAUUGUAAAUCUGCAUAUAAAGAGAUUUUAUAUUUAUUUGUCUCAUAUUUUAUUAAUAUUUCUCGGUAAAUGUUUCUCGCCAUCUCGGUAACGUUAAAUCGUUAAUUCUCAAUGUUUAUGAGAAAUACUGCUGUUGACAUUCAUGUAGAAAUUUAGAUAUCGAUAGGUGUUCUGCAAUUGACUAUUUGAUAUCCACAUUGCCACGUUUUUGAAGUUAAUGCAUUAUAGUAAAAUGACAGUACUUACCGUGAAAUACAGAUUACAGAGUAAAACAUUAUUUUAUUGUAUGAAAAGUACAAAUAGUUAACAGUUGUGUUUCUUUUGAAUUUAGUGCAUUUAGCAGAACUUACAUAUACAUGUAAUUUUCUAAAUUGACAAGAAUUCUCGUUUGUGUUCAUUGUAUAUUAUGGUUUGCUUUUUUAGCCCAAAGUAGCAUAUACGCCAAUGGCCUUAGCUUUAAUAGUAACAACAGAUUUUUAGCUUCCCAAAAUCCAUGAUAAUAAAGUUUAGUAAUUAUAAACUUUAAUCAUAGUCAUAUAGUAAAAACACUAGUACCUUUCAAUGCAUUGGAGCACAAAGUUUUUUGUUGCAAUAAACAUAUCCACACCAUUAUCAUUGGAUUGACGAAGUGGGUCGACCGUGUUCAGUAACUGUUCAUAAUCAUUAUGAAUUAAGAUGUCUGGAACUUCUGGUAUUUCCACAGGUGGGUCACCAUCAUUUGGCCCAUCCCAUCGAACAAAUGGUGCAGGGCCAUCCCAGUCGAUCCCAUACCAGGCCAAAUCUUCCGUAGACUGUCAAAGUCAAGCAAAAUACAAAUAUAUGAUUUUUACAGAUUGGUAAUGUUUCAAAAAACGCUUUAUAGCAAUUGCCGCAAGUCCCUUUCUAUCUCUUGUAUUUAUCCAUGCAAUAAUUUGUAGCUAGACCUCUUUCCCAGUUAUGUCUCCAGCUAUACUUGCAAUUAUAUUAGGCCAUACAGUAAUUGUCUCUAUAGCACCCGGUGUUGGAGCGUAUUGGUUGAAUUGCACGACUAUAUCAAAUAGUUGCUAAAAUGUAUUCUGCUGCAUAAUCUUCUUUUAGUUUUAUACAUUCUAUAUACUGCAUGUAUUAGCAAUUGCAGAACAUUACUUACCAGUGACAACUCCUCAGCUACACAGUGUUCACUAUUACAAACAUUUGAUAAUCCCUGAAUCCAAAGCUGUACAGGGGACUUGUUCCUUUCUGUGCUUAUCGGUGCUCGACUAUGUGCUGCCGCAAAUUCAUCAAGAUUCCUGUUGAUUCUGGGCAGAAAUACGUAAUGCAGUGCAUACAUAUCCACUUCAUUACAAGGAUCUAACAUACCAGACACUUCCAUGCAGGAAAACAAAUCAUAAUAUAGACCUGUACAACCAAAGAAGACAUCUCUCCAUAAUCGCUCGAUUCUUUGGUUGUGAACGCUUCUGCCAGUGAUAUGGCUUCCUCUAUCUGGCCCACGUAAUGGAUGGCUCAACAUGUAUCUAGCAACAUCGACGUUUUCUCCCCCUUUAUCGGAACGAACUCUUGAUGGAAGACCAAACUUACUAACGCUUUCAAUGAACAAUUGACAAACUGUAACAGCUUUAUUGUUAUUGCUGGCUUUUAAAAAAACAAUCAAACGAGAAUAGCCAUCUAUUGCUCCAUGGAUCACAAUGCGCCAUCUAAAAUGUUGAAGAUGUAGAGACAGAUGUAGAGUACAUUCAAAUUUAUAAUACUACAAAGCUGUAGUAAUUAUACACCUAGUGGGGGCCAUUCCAUUUAAGGUCCUUCCCCCCCCCAUGGACUAAAUUUUCUGAAGGGUGACCUCAAAGUCAUUUCAGAUGGAUUAAGUUGGUGGUAUCCUUCGAUAUCUGCGAUUUUUCUGAGGGGUAUAAGGAGAAAAAUUUACAAAUUUCUGAGGGGUUUUUUUUUCCCCUUUAAUCUUCUUUCUUAGGGAUUAAAAUUUUACUUACCUCAUCAAUGGUGUGGGGUUGAUAUUAAAUGGAAUGGCCCGGGUGCAGUGUCUACACCAUCCUAAUCAAUAUAAUUUUUUGAGUACACUGGCUUAAAUGAUAAUUAUCUUCAUUAAUUUUAUUAUAUCAUAUCACGCUAUAAUUUCACUCGACGUACCGGAUAAGUUUGUGAUUGCCAUCGAUAUGUCAUAACGCAAGCGGUGCGUAAACUUGGUAUCUUCUUCGAUUUACUGUAGAUAAUUCUAACGAACGAAUAAGUACCCCUUCCGGGUCAACCCUCCACAUAGGUUCUCUAAUUCUUUCUUGUACUUUAAUCCCUCGGCUCAGCAAAAAUCCGGUCAUUCUGCGAUAUCCAGCUGAUGGAAAACUUCUCGAAAUGUCUCUAAUUGUUCUGUCAAGAGUUUCAUCAUCGAUAACGGAAUAAAACGAUCUUGCGGGAAUGCGAAACUCACGUAAACGUCUUUCGAUGGUGCUCAAGCUAACACCGAGCGUUUGUGCUAUGUCUGGGCCAGAGAAAUCUCUCCCCAAGAGAAAUUGAAGUUGCUCCUUGGUAAUAUUGAAUUUUGGGCGUCCGCGUGCUCCAGUUGCUAAUUGCUCGACAUGAAAUGAGUGGUUUUCAGCACCGCUUAAUGCUGUUAAUAAAAUAUCUUUUGCGGCACGUACAAGUUCGACCACUUGUUCACUAAAUAAACCUGGGAAAACAGCCGAAUAACGUACGACAAUUCCGUAGAGCCAAUCAACUCUAUACGAAAUGGAAUCCAGAGAAUCUGAAUCGCAGUUGCAAGCUUCCAGUUGAUGAAUCAAACUGACUAUAGAAUGGCAAAUAAGGGGAGUUAUUUGAUUAAUUCUCUGAUCCGCCAUUUUAUUGUAAACUUCCCGCGCUAGAUAACAUGUGGUUUCAACUCGCGCGUUGCGUGUUGCAUAAUACAAGCUUUCACAAUUUAAUGUUGCAUAAUACAAGCUUGCAUAAUAUAAUGUUCCAUAAUGCAAUCUUACACAAUUUAAUGUUCCAAAAUACAAGCUUGCAUAUUGCAGUAUUCCAGAAUACAAGCAUGCUUGCAUAAUACAGUGUUCCAAUAUACAGCCUUGUUAAAGAAAAUUAGUUUAUCAAAAUACAAUGUUGCAUAACAAAAAUCGCAGUUGCAUUUUGAAGGGAAUAUCACUUCAUAUAAAGUAAGUGAUCAUUUAUUCCAUUGCACUCUUUGUAAACUUAUCUGCUGAACUACUGUACCAUAUGUAUCUCAAACAUUCAGUUAUCAUUUAAUAAACUGUACUCCAAAAGCAGUAAACAAAUAAUGAAUGUUUUCAUUUGUGCAAUGGUAAAAAUAUUUUGAUUGGGUUAGAGUGUUCCAUUGGGUCAUUCCAGAAAACAUCCAUACUGUACAGUACCUCUCCCAAGGAGGAAAUGAGAAGUUAACCACCCUACCCCCUUUGGAUGUCCUAAUACAAUUACUAUAAUCACAAACAAAUUUUCCACCUCCUCCCCUCCAGAUGGCAGGUUCUUUUCUGGAACAACCCAUUAAAUUCAGACCUGUUGUCUUGUUGAAUGAAACAUUCCAUCUUUAACCUCAUUAAAUUGCAAUAUUUGAGCUGGACCAUAAUACAAGAUAACAGGAAUCGCUGUCGUAAAAACCUAUCAAGACAAUACUCAAAUCUAUAUGGGUCUCCAAAUAAUUUUAUGUAUGUACCUGUACCUGACUUUACAGGACGUAUGUAUUUAAAUAUCUCGAACAGUGGGUGUAAGUGCAGGUAAAGAAGAUAACAACUUGCUGUGGUGGAAAGAAAUUACAACUACCUGACAAAUAUAAUGAGAACUUUUCUCAAAAUGUCAAAGUUCUCAUUAUAUUUUUCAGGUAGUCGUAAUAAUGUAUUUAAACACUACUUAAUAAUACUGUUCAUAUACAGUAAAGAAAGAUGUUAUUUGCACUUCACUUGGUUGAACUAGAAUGCUGGGUUUGGUGGAUAAUCCAAGUGAGUAUAUACAUCACUAUAUUAAGAUAUAACCAGGAAUGAUUGCGAAAAAUGCAACACCAAGUCCUUUGGCAGGAAUCAAACUCACAGCCCUGCAAUUCUGGAGUGGCGCUCUAACCAACUGAGCUACAGAGGCCAGUUGCUGAGCUGUAACCGUAACUUCAUGUAUAUACAGUAUAGGUAAUCAGGUGUGCAGGUUGUUAUAAGGUAACUUGAAAGAUGUUAUUUUCACUUGAUUGAACUAGAAUGCUGGGUUUGGUGAAUAAUCCAAGUGAGUAUAUAUUGAACUAGAAUGCUGGGUUUGGUGAAUAAUCCAAGUGAGUAUAUAUACACUAUUUUAAGACCUAACCAGGACCGAUUGAAAAAUGCAACAUGAAGUCCUCUGGCAGGAAUCGAACCCACAGCCCUGCAAUUCCAGAGCAGCACUCUAACCAACUGAGCUACAGAGGCCAGUCGCUGGGCUGUAUAACCGUUAAUUGCAUUAAAAUAUUGUACGCUUUUGAUAUAACCGUAAAUAUAAAAAUCGUUCUACCUAAACAUUUUUCUCUUUUUUUUCUUUUCCUUUUCAUGUUGGAUUUUAUACUCCAUGAAUCUUUCAUGCAGUUCUUGGUGCUGCUGCUCUGUUUUCAACCAUAUUUUGUGUUCAACUGCCUCCUUAACCUUUCUAUCUUGCGUUACUGUAUGUAAAUUUUGUCCUCUCCUGGCCUGCUUGUCUAUUUGAGUAUCAAUCAAUGAUUUGGCGCGUAAACGGUUACAUUUUAAAUCAAAAUACGUAAGACACCGGAUUCUAAUCACCUAACGGCACUUUCUUACCCCAGAGUUUAUAACUGCUAUUAUUUUUUAACAAAAAUACGAAAUUAAUCGAAUUGCAUGACAAUUAAUGAAUUGGGAGAAAAAUUAUUUUCAUAGCGACAGCUUUAAGAAAUAAAUUUUCCAAAAAACGAUAGUAAUGGUCUAGACCGAGUGACAGAAGAUUUUACAAUGGCAAGGGGUCAUUCCCCGCCAUUCCUGUCAGACCAUACAAAUUUGGCACGUAUUUUGCGUUUUGCGUGUAUCAUAAUUAAUUUGCUUGGGAGGAAUCAAACAUGGCAGUGAUAGCACGAGAAUCAUUGUGUGUUUGCAAUGCUGGAGGACAUGCUCUAAGUAGUUUUAGUCAUGUAGAUGCGCCUGAACGGUGCUUAUCUGCUUACCGUGCGAGUGAUAAGGCGCUUGCUGACGGUAGGCUAUUCCAAAAGCAGCUAUUUGAAGGCAAAGCAGAUAGCAAUGUUGCCAUUUCAUCACAACAACAAGAACAUACAGGUAUUGACAAAGAAACGACUAUCCGAGCUUCUCGAAGUAUAGAGUCGCUAAGAAGAAAAAGGUUGAAAUGCAAUAAGAAAAAACGCGAAGCCUACAAAAUGAUGACCAAAUCCGAAAGAAAUGCAAGACAUUCAAGAAAGAUUAGUGUAUUGGUAUGUUUGAUAUUCGUUACAUCUCUAUUUCAUCCUACUAAAUCUUACUUUCUGUAAUUUCGCAUUUCAAUUCGUUGGAAUCCGCAGUAUAGUAUGUUGUUGUAAUUUAUAUAGUUUAUUCAAGUCACCGGUGAUGGUUGGCAAAUAUGGCGCAGAAUUAUGAUGAAGUUCUUCUGGUUCUCGAAGAAGUUUCACGUGUGAACAAGCAACUUGUCAAUGAGAACCGUGUUCUGAAAGAAAAUCUUGAGAAGCGAGAUCAAGAACAAAGAAAGAUUUUGGCUGAUCUUCAGCAGAAAUUAGAUCAGUUAACGAGCGGGAACAACCGUAGCCAAAACAGUCGAAGGAGACACACAAAAACACCACAGGUCAAAGUUCCUGCUCCUUAUCGGGUAAGCGUGUUUAACUUUUAAUUUUAUUGACUUAAAGUGAACUAGAAAAUCAUGCUCUGUAGAACAUCAGGCUUGCCAAUGUGUAUAUUGAGUAAAUAUGCCAUGUAUGUCUGUGAUAGCUUGGCUAGGCAGACUAGCAUAGGCUACCACUGCCCUGGGACAGCCAGUCUCAUGUGAAACAAAUAAAAAAACUGUUAAGCAAGGUUAGUAUACACUCAGAAAGUAACAGAGCUGUUGUGGAAACGGUUUUAACUGAAACAUUCGCCCAAUUCAAUGGGGUAGACAAAACACCCUGGUCAAGAAUCGUAAUUGAAGGUAAUGUAUCCAGUUUCGUCCAUUCAAUACUAUUUUGCUGCAUUACGAAACAUGAAUUUUUUAACUUAACUAAUCAAAUUACGCUUGCAUCGUACACUGUUUGUAAUUUUUGGUAGUUUUAGUAGGUUUUAGUAGUUUUAUCGGUUGUAGCAACCUGAAAGUAAACGCCUAAAACAGGUCAUAUUUUUUAUACUAAGUCUAAGUCGCUCGUUUCCUAUCCUGCUUGUAAAUUCGCUAAAGUGAUGCAAUGUCAUUGAUUUUAUCGUUUACACUCAAAAUACAAGAGUCAAGAACCUUCCCGGUUAAAUUAGUUAUGCAAUACUAAAAGUAAAGAUGUCUCUAUAAUCAAGAAUGUGUAUUACUCGUUAUUAGACAGUUUUAGAUAACAAGAUGCAGACGUCAAGAGGACGUCAAGAGGACGUGAAUGUCGUCAUUUGGCGCCAACUAUCGUCAGCUUCUGGUUUGCGACGUCGUUAAAUUAACAACUGUUUAAAAUCAGGAAAACGUGGGAAACUAGAAAAAUAAAAGCACUUAAAAGCAGUAAAAACUCAAUCAGUUAUCACAACAGUGCCAAAAAAGUAGGACAAGCAAAAAAACGCUUUCCAGCGUGAAAAACUAUCGUAAACAAUAUUAAAUUUUACCAAUAUAAACACUGAUCCUAUUUUUAUACUGAUCAGUUGACAAACAUGAUUGAAUAGGCUACAAUUAGCUCGUAAACAAUACCUGCAGCUGUUGUAUUUAUUCCAAAUGAUGCAACAAAGUUCACUUUUCAAAAUACUGAAAUAUAAUUUUUUCUUGAAAAAACUUAUUGUCUGUCCAUACUAAUUCAUCAGGAAACACUUGGCCAGUAUUAUAUAGCCUUUUCUUGCACAUAUCUUGACAACUGAUUGAAAACAAUACAGGAAUGAACAGGUAACAAGAAAGCAAAAAUUUGCUUCGAAAAGACAAACAAGCUGUCCCAGAUUAAAGCCCGGAAGUGAACGCGAGGUGCAUACAUCAUUUUCACGUCCUCUUGACGUCCGCGUCUUGUUAUCUAAAACCGUCUAAUACUAAAAAACACCACAUAUUGGAUUGCAGAAACCAAAUUCUUGUAUUUUGGCUGUAAUAGCUUGAGCAUGUGAGAAAAACGUACAGGCUUGCCCUAUUGGCUAUUAAUAACUGGUUUUUUUUUGUUUGCGUUGCUCAACAACUUUUCACAAAACAAAUUUAGUGUGGAUUGUGGAGUACAUGUAUUUAAUGCAAGUUUACAGUAUACACAUUUUGUCUUAAAAUACAUUCUCUAGUGUCAAAACAUUUAAAUCUUACCUCUUUAGUCACUAUUCUAUGUUAGUAUCAACCAGAGGAGGGUGAAAGCUAUUCCCAGCAUGCAUUGCAACUCAGCUGUUGUGAGCUUUGGACCGCUAGUUUUUUCGAUAUUUAUAUUGUUAAAUUACCGUCCUACGGUUUUUGACCGACAUGAAGAGUUUCCUAAGGUUAUGGUACAGACCAUAUGGGAAAAUAAGAUCUCUCCAUCACUGUUAAGCGAUGUAUGUGGGCAAACAGUUAUUAUCGGACUUGGCCGACUUGGAAAAGUCUCCCUGUUGAAGCAUGGAUUUCGAAGGACUCGUAUGAGCCUCUCCAGAUGGUCAAAACAUGGCCAAACUACACUACUGGUGGCCGGACAUGAUCCUCCUAUUGACAUUACCAUGUAUCUGGACAUAUCUAUUAAUCCUGGCCCACAAUUGUCGAAUACAAUCGAAACUAUAAUCACAAACAGAACAGAAUCUACGCCAAGAAAUCGAUUUCGCCAUUAUUCAAAUUUAGUGCAAAUUCCUCUGGCUGCACCGGCUAUUGUUUAUAACAAUACAGCGCAACUAAUUAAGUGUUGCGUAUUGAACGCUCAAUCACUUAGAAACAAAGGUCCUGAAUUUGUUGACUAUAUUUGUGAUUCGGAAAUUGAUAUUGCCAUUAUUACUGAAACUUGGCUGAAAUCUGCUGAUGCUGCUGCUAAAAUUGCUGCCACACCAAUUGGAUAUCGCUUGUUUAACCAUCCUCGCCCACAUAGAAUUGGUGGUGGCACUGGCAUCUUAGCGCGGGACUCACUUGUAAUUAAACCAGCAAGAGCGGGUAUAUUCAACUCUUUUGAGUAUUCAGAGUAUAUUAUUGUUUCUGGCUCAUCUCGCGUACGCCUUGUUGUAAUCUAUAGGCCUCCUUACUCGUUCAAUCACCCGGCUACUGUGAAUAUGUUUAUCACUGAAUUCGCUGACUUUUUGGAAUCUGUUGUCAUGACGAUCGAGCCGCUUCUGAUAGCCGGUGAUUUUAAUAUCCAUGUCAACAAGCAGUUGGAUAAAGAUUGUGGUAGUUUUCUCGAUCUCCUUUCAUCAAUGGGCUUACAGCAACACAUUAAUUUCCCCACGCAUACUUCUGGUAACACUUUAGAUCUGCUGGUAACCCGAACUUUGGAUUCUGAUAUCAUAAAGGAAAUCCAACCUGAUAUCUAUUUUUCUGACCAUUGUUCCAUAUUAUUCUCCAUAAACAUCUCCAAACCGCGACUGUCAAGGAAGAAGGUAACUUUUAGGAAAACGAAAGCUAUUAAUACAACCACAUUCGUGGCGGAUCUGUCUGCUACUAAAUUGUGUCAGCACCCUCCAUCUGAGCUAGACAAGCUAGUAGAUUGCUAUAAUACCACACUAACAGAUUUAUUGGAUCACCAUGCUCCUCUCAAAACCAAGACUGUUACGGUUAGACCUCAAGUGCCUUGGUAUUCGGAGGAAGUUCGUGUAGCGAAGAGAGAGCGUCGACGAGCUGAAAGGAAAUGGAGGUCUUCUGGGACUGCUGCUGACUUUGAGUCAUUCAAGAGGAAAAAAAAUCGUGUAACUCAUUUGCUAAGAGUAGCUAAAUCGGAAUUUCUCACUGACUUCAUUGAUCAGAAUGCGGACAAUCAAGGCAAAUUAUUUCGAGCUGUGAAAGACCUUUUGGUUGAGAAGAACACGCUAUGUUUCUCUGACUAUACGGAUACGACAGCACUGGUAAACGAGUUAGGGAUGUAUUUUGUGCAGAAAGUUAUUCGGAUUCGAGAUGAGCUCGAUUUGGGUAUCGCGACUACGAACGAUGUCCCGGAUUAUAGUGGCACUAUACCUGACCCACCGGCUCCAUCUGUUUUUGAAUCAUUUGCGUUGUUGACGGAGGACGAUGUGCGCAUGCUCAUUGCCAACUCUAAAUCCACAUCCUGCUGUCUUGAUCCUGUCCCCACGCCUCUACUAAAAUCAUGUAUCGAGUCUCUUAUACCAGUGAUCACUAAAAUAAUUAACACCUCAUUGGAAUCAGGAGUUUUCCCUGAGGACUGGAAAGUGGCCGUAGUCAAACCAUUGUUAAAGAAACUGGGCCUUGACCCGCUGUUUAUGAACUUGCGUCCUGUUAGUAAUUUAGCUUAUAUCUCUAAGCUCAUUGAGCGUGCUGUAUUUAAUCAGAUUUAUGACCACUUGGUUCAGUCAGGUCUUUAUCCUCUACUACAAUCAGCUUAUCGUCAGUACCAUAGCACAGAGACAGCGCUACUCAAGGUUGCUAACGAUAUUCUUAUGAAUAUGAACUCGCAACGCGUUACGUUACUUGUCCUUUUGGAUUUAAGUGCUGCGUUCGAUACAGUGGAUCAUGAGAUUUUACUGUCACGCUUGUCUUCGAGUUUUGGUAUUCGGGGAAAGGCUCUAGAGUGGUUUUCUUCAUAUUUGUCAGGGCGUAGCCAGCGCAUCGUGUUUGACGGAGUUACAUCAGACAGCUGUGAUGUGCGCUUCGGGGUCCCACAAGGAAGUUGCCUUGGUCCGCUUCUCUUUGUUAUGUACGCUUCAAAGCUUUUUGAGAUUGUUCAAGCACACCUCCCUGAUGCACAUGGUUUUGCCGAUGAUACGCAAUUAUACCUGUCAUUCAAUCCUAAUAAUCCCGCUCAUCAAACGGAGGCGGUGUCUGCCAUGGAGGGAUGUAUUAGUGACUUGAGGAAAUGGAUGUAUCAGGACAAGCUAAAGUUAAAUGACGAUAAAACUGAAUUUCUUAUUAUCGGAUCUAGACAACAGAUUUUGAAAGUUAACCCUUGUACGAUUCGCGUUGGCAAUACCGAGAUCAAGCCAGUUUCGGAAGCGCGUAAUCUGGGCUCUUGGUUUGAUUCAAAUUUAUCCAUGUCCACCCAUAUUUCUAAGUCUUGUGGUGCUACAUUUUGCUGGCUACAUAAAAUCAAGCGCAUAAGUAAAUUCCUUGCAAAGGAUCAAUUAGAAAUGAUCUUGCAUGCCUUUGUUACAAGUAGAAUUGACUAUUGCAACGGACUUCUCUAUGGAUUGCCGGACUGUGACAUAGUUAAAUUACAGCGAGUUCAGAACGCUGCGGCCAGGCUGCUAACGUCUACUAGCAAGUACAGCCAUAUUACGCCUGUUUUACAGGAACUACACUGGUUGCCAGUUAGGUUUAGGAUUCAUUUUAAGAUUUUACUUUUAACUUUCAAAGCUCUUAACGGCUUGGCGCCAGAUUAUAUUAGGGAACUUAUUACGAUAAGGAAACAUGAACGUUACUCGCUCCGUUCCAAUUCAGGUAUUAUCAUCUUACAUCCAGUGGGGAAGAUGUUAAAAUCAUUCGGAGACAGAUCUUUUAGUGUGGCUGCGCCAACACUCUGGAAUGCACUUCCUGCAAGCCUUCGGAGUAUCACUUCUCUUUCAAUUUUUAAAUCCUCUCUGAAAACAUAUCUUUUUAAGCUAGCUUUUAGCCUCCAUUAAAUGUAUAUAUUUAAGAUUAUUAAUAGUUGCAUGUAUAAUAGAGUGUAUUGUAAUGCGCUUUUGAUCAUUGUAUGUAAAAAGCGCAAUAUAAAUUAUUAAAUUAUUAUUAUUAUUAUUAAAAAAAUUAACUGUCUUGAAUUAUUUUGUCGGGCGGUACAUUUAUAUUGUAUAACAAAAUAUAAAACGUUUUCACGAGGAUUUUAAAAUUCAGUCGGGCAGUGAUGAGAAUCAAGGAAUUUAUUUUAUGUUGGGCAGUUGGGACUUGGGAGCAGCUUGGGAGUGGCUAAUUUUGAAUAUUUACUUAAUGCAUCUAUAAAUAGCGUUGAUGCUUCAGGGGCGGCACAGGUGGCCCAGGCUCUGUGUGGGUAUUUAUUUAUUAUAUUUUUGCAUUAAAUAUGACUUUAAAUUAUAAAGUAUAAUUUACUUAGUUUCCUUUAUGUGUAAAGCGUGAUUUGGAGGUGGUUUUAGUUUGAUAUAAUGACAUAAAAAUAUUAUGAGAAUGCGAUAUUAUAUAUACACUUUAUAUAUUGUAAAAUAUUGUAAAAAAAUUGUGUCUAAAUGCUCUCUGAUUCAAAAUAUUGGCGGACUUACUUGUUUACUGUGUCAUUUACUUCACACUCGUCGAUUUUCAGGCCAUUUCGUUGAACCCGGCCGAUAUUAUCCAUCAUCUAGUAUUACCCACUAUCAAUAACGCAAAG